AUGGUGUACGUAGUAGCAGAUAUGAAAAAUGUCCCAGUGCCUGUGAGUAGGAUAAGAUCUGUAUCAGCACAACUAAUAGCCAGUAUGGCUCCAAACCUGCUCCUUCUGGACCUGGGUAUGGCCAUCAGUUUCGCCACUAUAGUCAUACCCGACCUACUCAAUGCGAAGACAGGACUCUCAUUCACAGACACUCAGGCAUCAUGGUUUGGUAGUCUCUCAUUCCUGACGCAGCCACUUGGAGCUGUAAUAUCAGGUCCGAUUGUGGACUACGUUGGUAGAAAAAAGGCCACAUUCCUAGUCAAUCUUCCUCAUGUCAUGGCUUGGAUCAUCAUGUACUUCGCAUGGAAUGUACCAGUCCUAUUCAUUGGGAAUGCUCUUCUGGGCAUUGGAACUGGAAUCAUGGAAGCACCUAUCAACUCUUACGUAAGCGAAAUCAGUGAGCCAUCAGUGCGAGGUGCCCUGUGUACCGUCACCCAGUUAUUCCUAUCCAUCGGCGUAUUUGCGAUGUACUUCCUCGGCUCCGUGGUCACAUGGCGUGUUGCAGCCAUCGUCUGCAUCUCCAUACCCUUCACAUCAAUGCUGCUUGUGUUGAUUGGAGCCGUCCCAGACACACCAGUUUGGCUACUAUCUCGAGGUCGAGAGAAAGACGCUCUCAAAUCCUUGUGUUUCCUCCGUGGGUGGACCACAGCAGACAAUGUUAAGGAAGAAUUUGACGAACUUGUGGUCUACUCUAAGAACCUAGACGGCUGUGUCAUUUGCUGGAAGAAGGGCCAAGCAGAGUCAGAAUGUAAUCAUUCUAAAAUGAACCGUAUUAGAAGAUUCUUCGUGGAAUUUAAUAUAGUGAUGCUCUGCAAGGAGACUCUAAGGCCCUUGUGUCUUUCGAUGUUGUACUUCACAUUCUACGUGAUGAGCGGCCUCACGCCCAUCAAGCCUAACAUGGUGAACGUCUGCUCAGCCAUGGGCAUGGCUGAUGAUAGCAAGAAUAUUGUGGUAAUGGUGGGCGUUAUAACUCUACUAGCGAGCAUCACCGUGAUUGGCGUUAUAAAAUCUUUGGGCAAAAGAAAGUUGGGUAUCACAGCCAUGCUUGGCACGGCUAUCUCCUGUACUGGCCUUAGCGUAUACGCACACACCCAACUAGAUGACAAGGUGUUCUCCUACGACUCCACGACGUUUCCAGAAGAGAAGAGUAUGGUUCCUUUGAUAUUCUUUUACAUACUCACCGUGUGCACUGGUUUCAACGUCUCUUGGAUCAUUCUUGGCGAAGUCUUUCCUUUCAGGAGUCGAGCUUCAGCACAAGGCUGGGGAGCGGCCUGGAACUAUGUGGUCACCUUCAUCGGUACCAAGACCCUCAUAAACUUGGAGACACAUUUCAGAUUGACAGGAGCCUUCGCCACGUACGCUGCCUUUGCAUACGUAGGCACCAUCUACCUCUACUUCUUCAUGCCGGAAACAGAAGGAAUCUCCCUUCAACAAAUUGAAACCUACUACAAAGGAAAACUAAGAAUAUUCGCCGACGAUUGGUUCAUCAACCUAUUUAAGAAAAAGAAAUAA